AUGAGUUCCCAACACAGCCUUGCCAAUGCUUCCCUGAGCUCCAAUACUAUCGGCGCAAGCUCCACAAACUCCGCGGUCCGAUCGCGCCCUCGCCGCCUGGUUUCCUUGAUGGAUGAUGAUGAUGCCACGACCAGCUCAAACAACAAUCAUGCCUACCAGGACUCCCAACCUUUCACAUCGGGUCUCUCCACCACACUCCUCACAGAAGGAACCGCUCGUUCUCGCGGUGCUACACCCUCGCCGCUUUCAUCUCGUGGUGCAUCGCCCCUGCCUAUGAAACAUCCCUCCCGCGUCACCGAGUCUGCAAAUCGAAGUCGCAACGAGCUGGCAUCGUUUGGCUUAAAUGGGUCGUCCAAGCCAGCACGGGGUGCAUCGGAUUUCCUAGAUUCUCCAUGGUCUUCGCUCCAAAAUUUGGCAUCAUCUGUCCUCGGCAGUAAUACAGGGCGGGAAGCAGCAGAUAAUUCAACAAAGGCACAUUCGCGAAGGAAACCCUCUCGAUCGGACCUAUAUAUUCGGGGUAUUCCCAGGUCAACACCGUCAGCGUCCACGUGGGGUCCUUUGGCGCCCGCUUCCCCAGAAAUCGGGAGUGGGACCAAGGAAGAGCGGCAGGCGCUAGUGCAGGCGAAGAAACGGGAAGCAUUGUUGCUAGCGGACUCCGAUCCCAUAGCGAGUCGCAAUUUCCAGCAUAAGAAACGGUAUUCGGGCGAUUUCUCUGAUCAAGUAAUUGAUCCAGAUCACGACGAGGAUGCGCUGGCGUACGUGCAUCGUGUUCAAAAGACGGAUAGCAUCACAGGAGUGACAAUUAAAUAUGGGUGUCAGGCGGCGGUCUUCAGGAAGGCAAAUGGAUUUUGGCCCAACGACAACAUCCAAAGCAGGAGUAUUGUUCUCCUGCCAGUUGAUGCGUGCAGCGUGAAAGGCCGCCCUGUUCGACAAGACGAAACUCGAGAUCUUCUGAGACCAAAUUCCGAAGAUGGAACAGGCAGUUGCAUCCGCCCGACAGAUUCUCUGACCGAUUCGCCUCAGAAUCUGGAUACGAGUGGGAACGUGGAAUCGGAAAGCAACCAGGUCUGGAAACACGAGUCCUGGGUACAAAUAGACGGGUUUCCAGCAGCCAUUGAAAUCGGACGAGUUCCACGAAGAUCUCUUGGAUUCUUUCCACGAACGCGCCGAAAAUCUGUAUCAUAUACCGACUCCGAGCCUGUGUCUGCUGUCUCGUCAGAAGGCCCCGCCUCGUCUCCAGCUUUCUCCGGGUCAUCGCAACUGGAUUCAUCUCAAUCUGCACUACCCCGGACCCGGCCUCGUGAUGGAGAAACACCUAAACCUGGUGGCCAGCGUGGCCAGCGCCCUACCCGACCUCAGCAUCGCCGGCAACGCAGCAGUAUACAUCUUUCAGGAACCGGCGUGGGAACUCUUGACCGCACGUCAACUGCUCCGGGCCCUGCGCUAGAUGGACUGAGCAAGUUUUUCUCUCAGCACAUGCCUCAAUUGGCACCACCUCCACCGCCCCAAGACCCCCCGGAGGCCCUCAUUUGGUUCUGA